GUACUUCCUAUCUUCUACAAGGUACCUACAGAAAGUGUGAAACAACUUGUGGGAGAGUUCGGUGACCAUUUCAGGCGUCGAGAGUGGGAGUAUCGGCAUGAGCAACACAAAAUCGUUGGAUGGAAAAAGGCGUUGAAGUGUGUUACUGGUAAGCUUGGCUUCACAUUGGAUGAUAAAAGCUCUGAAAGCAAUUUCAUCGAAUCAAUCGUUAAGGAGGUCUUGAGAAUGCUAGCAAGCAUUCCAUUGCCUGCACAUACGUCGAAUCUCGAGCAAAUCAUUACAACUUCUUCAUCAGUUACACUCACAAAGCAUGCUAAGGCUCAACAAGAGGUAAAAGUCAUGACAACACAGCCUAAAGACAUGGUACAACGACCGAAUGACGUGACUAAGCGUGGAGGCGACUCAUUAGCUCCUCACACCAAAGUAUCGAGACAUGGGAGCAAAAAUCUCGUCAGAGAGAUCAAGACUACUCUAGCCGAAUGCAGCACAGUUAACCACACCAAACUAUCGAGGCGUGAGAAGGUAGAUAUGGUAAGAGAGGUCAAUGCAAUUCUAGCUAGAUCGCCCGGACCAAGUGCGGAAGCCAAAGUUUGUAUCUUUUUUUUGGCUUUAGGGAAACUAUUGCUAUAG